GGGUCGUACGGUAUAUUUUAACGAUAAAUCCGCUGUGGGAAGAGCUUGCAAAAUAAAUACAAACAAAUCUAAGAAAGAAAUAAAAUUAUUUAAUAACCGUUAGUGGCUGGAAGGAAGAACAACAACUCUACAAUGAACAUAAAUCUGCCCCAUUUUAACAUGAAGAACCUGGUCAAGGAAGCAGGCAGCACAAUAUCGCGUGUGGUGCAGCUGCCGGAGGAGAAGCUUGGCACCACCGAACGCACCGAAUACGACUUGCACUUUCAAAAUCUCGCCGAACGUGCCGAUGUGACCAAGGCAUGGACAGAAAAGCUCGUCAAGGACACAGAAUCGGUGCUGAUACCGAAUCCACAGAACCGUGUCGAGGAUUACAUAUUCGAAAAGAUCGACAAGUCAAAACCCAAACGAGUAAGCAACCUGGAACACCUGGCCCUGGACAUGAUUGAGGCCGGCGGGGACUUCGGACAGGAUUUGCCCUACGGUCAGGCCCUCAUCAAGGUCGGACAGGCUGAGCAGAAACUGGGCCAGUGCGAGCACGAUUUCAUUGCCACCUCGGGCAUUUGUUUUACGCAACCGUUGCGCAAAUUCUUGGAGGGCGAGAUGAAGACGAUUAGCAAAGAGCGCGGCAUUCUCGAUUCGAAGCGCUUGGAUCUGGACGCCUGCAAGAACCGGAUGAAGAAGGCGCGCAGCAUGCUAGGCCAACAGUCGAAAGAUGGCAUCUCGCCAGAGGCUGCCUUGGAACAGGCGGAGCGCGACCUGCGCGUGGCCCAGGCGGAGUUCGACCGCCAGUCGGGAAUAACCAAGUUGCUGCUGGACGGUAUUAGCACAUCGCAGGCCUCCCACCUGCGCCAUCUGCACGCCUUCAUCCAGACCCAGGUGCGCUAUUACAAGCAGUGCGGCGAUGUCAUGGAACAGCUGCAGCGGGAGCUGGCCAACUUGGGAGGCCCGACACCAUAUAUACCGCUCGAUCUGAGCAACGCCAGUGCCAACAAAUCUAGCGCAACUGGCGGACCGUCGCCGUCUCGUGGUCCGGGCAACAAUAACAGCAGCAGUCAGGCUCCAUCCGCUCACAGGCCGACCAAUCAGCCCAUGCAUGUCAACACGGAUCAAAUGCAACGGGCUCGUGUCCUCUGCUCCUAUGACGCCAAGGAUCACACUGAGCUCAAUAUAAAUGCGAACGAUGUCAUAUUUGUCACCGAGUGCUCGCCCGUGAACGAAGACUAUAUGUACGCCAAGCAGGGCCUCAUGAAGGGACUCGUUCCGCGGUCCUUUGUCGAAAUGCUCGAUGAGGAGCACGACGUCACCCUCUAAGUAAACGCGCGCAAUAUAAUGCAAUAAUCUCAACCAAAUACUCGUAUGUUGGACAGAAGAUGGAAAGGAGAGAAGUCAAAAUUAAAACUCCAUGUUACGGCUCCGAAAUACUCACACGUAUAUGGGAAUGGAUUUGAAUUGGAAUGGCAAUUGGACAAUUAUAAAAUGCAGCCAAAAGGCAUUUGGCACUAGCAAGAGAGUACAAUAAUUUAUCAGAAUAUAGUUAUAUACAAAGCAUAUACAUACAUACAUGCAUGCAUGAACAUAGUAUUAUAUAUAGAGCAUUCCCUUGUUUAGGCCACGUUUACCCCCAUCUCAUCCUUGUCCUCCCACAUAUCCACGCCAUUUGCACAGCACAGCCACACGCGUCAAGCAAUAAUCGAAAAAUAUAGCAUGCGCGUAUUCAGCUGCCUGAAUCGAUUACUAUUUUAACAAUUACUAUAAACUGAAUACUUGGAACGAUUCUCAACUUUAUUAUGUAUUAUGUGUUAUGUUUGUCUCUACCGCAGUUAACAAACGAAAUUCACUGUGCUUUAAACUAUGGAUAUUCUAUAAUUAUAUAUAUGUACCUAUGAGAUUGUUAAUCCUAUUAUCUACGUAUUGCAUUAUCCGCAAGUGUUUCCCAUUUAAGCUAAUUAGUAUUUAAUACAAAAUGAUUAAUUACUUACUCAUUCCUGCUGCAAUUUAUUACAUGUUUAAAAAAAAACGCAAACCCUUUGGUGCAAUUUUCAAAAGUCAAUUAUUAUGAAUGUUGCCUCUCAAAUCUAAGAGAAUCUACCAAAAAAAAAAAGAAACACCAAUUAGCGCUUAAUUAAUGCAAAUAAACUGAAAAAUGCCAAGGCAGAUCGUACAAUACAACAAA